GGCGCGCCGGAGAGCCCCAACGGCUGGCUCGAGGCGCACCGCCAUGGGAUGGGACCAGAGCGCCGUCUGCCUGCUCCCGGCACCUCCGUCGCCGCUGCCUUUUCCUUCGCACCUCCACCAAGCAACAUGACUCUGUGCGGGCUCUGCCAGGAGCGGCUCAACGCCACCACCAUGGCUCUUCUUGGCAACGCCACGGCUCCGUGUGGCUCCGUCUCCAUCGUGUUCCCCCUAACGAUGAUGAUCACGGGCAUCGUGGGCAAUGGGCUGGCGAUGCUUUUGGUGUACCAAGCCUAUCACAAGAAGGAGAAUCAAAGGAAGAAGUCUUUCUUGCUGUGCAUCGGCUCCCUGGCACUGACCGAUCUCACUGGACAGCUGGUGACAAGCCCCAUUGUCAUCUCGGUGUACUUAGCUAACCGGAACUGGGACAAGGUGGACCCGUCUCUGAAACUGUGCACCUUCUUUGGCAUGUGCAUGACUGUCUUUGGGCUGUGCCCUCUCUUCAUCGCCAGCGCCAUGGCUGUCGAAAGGACUUUGGCCAUCCGAGCCCCGCACUGGUACUCUGGCCACAUGAAGACCAGGGUGACCAAAUCUGUCAUUCUCAGCGUGUGGCUGGCUAUCUUUGCUUUUGCACUCUUGCCCAUCAUUGGGGUGGGGAAGUACAGUCUCCAGUGGCCAGGUACCUGGUGCUUCAUUGGCACUGGGGAUGAUGACAGUUCUGGGAUGGGCAGCUCAGUCUUUGCUUCGAUUUUUGCUUUCUUGGGGCUCUCCUCCCUUGUUAUCACUGUGGCAUGCAACAUGGCGACAAUUGUUGCUUUGGUUUGUCGGUGCCGAACCAAAAGCUCCAGGUCUCGAUCCAGGAGACAGUGGGGCAGGAUCACCAUGGAAACUCUGAUCCAGCUGCUGGGUAUCAUGUGCGUCCUCUUUGCCUGCUGGUCCCCUCUUUUGAUUAUCAUGUUGAAAGUCACCUUCAGCCCUAUCUCUAUGAAUCAAUGUGAAACAGCCUGCAAUCAAACAAGCACAGAACUUCACAAAGAGUGCAAUUUCUUCUUGACCGCAAUCCGCUUGGCCUCACUGAAUCAGAUCUUGGACCCCUGGGUUUAUCUGCUGUUUAGGAAGAUUCUCCUGCAAAAGGCUUGCCAGGUAGCAAAUGCCAUCUCUUGCCACUCUAAGGAUGGAUGGAAAGGGCAGCCCAUCAUAUUGUCGGACAAAAUCAGCCACACAACAGCUUGAAGCAACUUGCAUGUAAACAACUUUUGGUUCAUCACCAUAUUUUGCUGUGAAUUAGGGCAUCAGAGAUAUGUCCUCUACAUAUACAUUAUAAGGAAGUGAUAUAUUUGGUCAUCUUUUAGGUGUAUAUAUAUUUUUUCCUUGUCUGAAGGAAAUAGUUACAUUAUUAAGAAAUGGGAAUGCUGUAGGUAACAAUGUACAAGUCAUGUGUCUUUUGUAAUUCAUAGCCCAGAAUGCAAUUUUUUUGUGCAUGUACCAAAGACAUCCUUUGGAUUUUCCUGCAACAUGGGAUAAAAACCCAUAAUGUUUAAAAUGGAACUAUGAAUGUAGAUUGAGUGUGAAAUAAGUUAUUUAAAAGACUGGUUUUAAAAUGGUCAGACAUUUCCAGCCUUCUUUUUUUUACAUUGAAAAAGAAAGAAAAAUUGGUUCAUGUUAAUCCAGGGAGAGGGAGAAGAAACUGAAGAACAGAAAAUAUUGUUGUAUAUAUUGAUGAUUUUGCUGUUUUUGUAACAAGAGAUCAGUGAAAUGCAUGGAGUUGCCAUACCAUUUAUUAAUCAUCAAUAAAUACUAAGGGUAUUUUCAAAUGCUAA